AUGCCAUUUGGGUUGACUAAUGCUCCUGCUACCUUCCAGUCUUAUAUGAACAGAUUCUUUCAAAAGCAGUUGAGGAAUUUCGUGUUAAUCUUUCUUGAUGACAUUCUGAUCUAUAGCAGGACAUGGAAAGAACACCUCAAGCACAUAGAGGAAGUGCUUAGCAUCUUUGAAUCAGAAAGUCUGUUUGCCAAAGAAUCCAAAUGUGAAUUUGGAAUGAAGGAGCUAUUUUACCUUGGUCACAUAAUCAGUGCUGAUGGAGUGAAGGUUGAUCUCAAAAAGAUCGAGGCAAUAGUUGAUUGGCCACCCCUAGAGAACUUGACUCAUUUGAAAGGGUUCUUGGGUCUUUGUGGUUUUUACAGAAGAUUGGUGAAGGGCUAUUCACAGAACGCUGCUCCUCUUACUAACCUCAUGAAAAAGGGAUCUUUUUGUUGGACAGAAAAGGCUCAAACUACUUUUGAUAAGUUUAAGAAGAUCAUGAGCUCUUGUCCAGUUUUGACAAUUCCAGAUUUCUCCAAGCCCUUUGAGCUAUAG